UGUAACUUCCCAGUUUAAAACAUAUUUUGAUUUCACAUCUUUCCAUUUCUGAUGUCUUUCUUCAGCAUUGCAGUCUCUCUGGUGUUUGAACAAUUACUCUCUUACCUUCUUAGCCACCAUAAUGCAUUCACAGUAUAUUAACAUUUCCUUUAAAUCUGUGUCAUUCAAAAGAGAAACAAGUUCCUCAGGCAGUUGUAAAAAAUCCAGACUACUGGAGACACAGUACACUCAUUGAUUUCUAUUCUGAGAAGAAACUGAGACUUGGGAGUUAUCCCACAGUUAUUUUGUAGUAUGUCACAAUGGGUGAGUAGGUAUUGUAGGCAAAUGUAGGUAACUUGUUUUUCUCUUUGAUAAUGAAUUUUUUAUAUUGUGCUUUCUGGUGAGUAUUGGGGUCUUUGAACUGGCUUCUGAAGCAAUUUAGAAGGUAAUUGGGUCAAUUAACAUCUCCGUGGAGGACAAAAGUUGUGCUUCCUAUUCUGCCAUCUCACAUUAGAAUUUAAAGAAUAUUUACUUGAGUGUAGUGUUUCAUACUUAAUUUGCUAUAUUUCAGCUCUGUCUUCUCAAGUCACCCAGGGUUUGUUUUUAAAGUCAGACGUAGAAGAUUCAUUCCAGAAAAUGCAACAGAGUUCACAUAAUGAAGAGAGAAGUAAUCAAUGCAAUGAUUACUUUAACAAAUGUGGAAGACUUAAGCAACAUUCUGGGGAAAAGCCUUAUAUAUGUGGAGAAUGUGGCAAAGAUUUCAACUGUUAUAAAAGCAUUACUCAACAUCUGAGAAUUCAUACUGGAGAGAAGCCUUAUAAAUGUAAAGAAUGUGGCAAAGCCUUUAUCCACAGGUCAAGUCUCAUUCAACAUCAGGUAAUUCAUACUGAAGAGAACUAUUAUAAACGUACAGACGUCGGCAAAACCUUUAACAUGUGUGGAACCCUUAAAGAACAUGAGAUAAUUCAUUCUGAAGUAAAGCCUUAUGAAUGUAAAGAAUGUGGCAAAGCCUUUUUCUUGAGCUUAGAACUGGUUCGACAUCAGAGAAUCCAUACUGGAGAGAAGCCUUAUAUAUGUAAACAAUGUGGCAAAGCCUUCACCUGGAGCUUAAGUCUUUCUCUACAUGAGAAAACUCAUUCUGGAAAGAAGCCUUAUAAAUGUGCAGAAGGUGUCAAAGCUUUUAAGGAGGGAGCAAGCCUUAAGAAACAGAGAGUUCAUUCUGGAGAAAAGCGUUUUGAAUGUAGAGAAUGUGGCAAAACCUUUAACUGGAGGGAAAAUCUUCGUCGACAUCGGGUAAUUCAUUCUAGAGAGCAGCCUUAUAAAUGUAGUGAAUGUGGCAAAGUAUUUAUGUCGGGCUCACAUCUGAUUCGACAUCAGAGAAUUCAUUCUGGAGAGAAGCCUUAUAAAUGUACAGAAUGUGGCAGAGCCUUUAAUGAGUGUGGAAGCCUUAAGAAACACCAGACAAUUCAUACUGGAGAGAAGCCUUAUAAAUGUAUGCAAUGUGGCAAAGCAUUUAGCCGGUCUUCAACCCUUACCCAUCAUCAGAGAAUUCAUUCAGGACAGAAGCCUUAUAUAUGUGUAGAAUGUGGCAAAGCCUUUACGUGGUCUUCACACCUUUCUAGACAUCGAAGGAUUCAUCAGAGAGAAGCCUUAUGAAGGUUGAGUAUAUGGCAAAGCCUUUACACUGCACAAUUCUUACCAAAUACAUGAGAAGCUUUAGAGAUGUGAGAAGUGUGACAAAGCCUUUAACCUUGCUCUAGCUCUGUUCAGUAUUGGGAAAUACAUGAUAAAUAGAAGCAAUCUAAACAGUAUGGAAAAAAUAUCAACCAUUGCCCAAACCUCAUUAAAUAUCAGACAAUUCAUACCAGAGAGAAUCCUCACAAGUGCAUAGAAUGUGGUAAUGCCUUUAUCCAGUGUUGAAACUUUAGUCAAUAUCAUAUAAUUCUUGCUGGACUGAAACAAUAGAAACAUACAGAAUGUCAAAACCUUUAACCAUUUAUCAAGGCUCACUGAACUUUAAUGAAUUCAUACUAAAAAGAAGCCAUACAAAUAAAAAAGUUUGGCAUAGCCUAUAUUCAGCAUUUACAUCUUAAUUGAUGCACGAGAAUUCAUACUGGAGAGAAACUUUAAAGAAUGUGGCAAACCCUUUACCUCGACCCAGAGUCUUCCUGAAUAUCAGAGAUUGCCUUUGAAAUAAGUGAUGAAAAUCUUUCCCCCAAAUACACAUUAUAGAAAAGUCUGCAGAAUUUGUACGUGAAAGUGACUUAAAGAAGUAGAAAAUGUGUGAAAGUAGAUAAUGCAAAUUAAUGUAAAAUAUCGGAGAAUUCAUGUUAGAAACUAGUAAGUCAAUAACACUUUUCAAAUAUGACUUUAAAUCAGAAUACUUAUUUUAGACAAUCUACUAAGGAUAGUUACAUGAUUUUUUAGUAUAAAUCACAAUAUCAAGGGGAUGAAUGUUAGGACAAACGUAAUUUACCUCCAUUGUAUCCUUUUUUAGUAUGACAGAAUUUGUGAUUUUUUUAAAAAAAAGUAUUAAUAUGAUUAAUUCAUUUCGUGAUUCUUUGAGUGGUUGUAAUGUGUAUUUCAACCCAAGGCAAUACAGUGUGUUUGCAAUGCUUUGUUUAGACUAUGUGUGGACUUAAUAUGUUCAUUCAUAAAGAUGAAGUAAUUGAAAUA